AUGGCACUGACGGUCUUUUUCUUUCCUUAUGCGUUAUUUGAAGUGCCAAGCGACAUCGUUCUCAAGCUCAUGAGACCAUCUCAUUGGCUCACCUUACUUAUCGUUGCUUGGGGAACGGUCGUUACACUUCAAGGUAUAGUGAGGAGCUACGAGCACCUCAUUGUUGCAAGGGUUCUCAUUGGUGUGACUGAGGCAGGAUUCUUCCCAGCUGCCACGUACCUUUCGACCACUUGGUACUGUCGCUGGGAGCUGCAGACUCGUAUGGCUAUAUUUUUCUCGGCUGCGUCACUAGCCGGUGGUUUCUCAGGCCUACUAGCCUUUGGAAUUCAGCAUCUGGAUGGCGUUGGGGGUCUGAGUGGUUGGCGGUGGAUCUUCAUCAUCGAGGGCAUUCUCACCGUCCUGGUGGGAGUUUUCAUCGCUUGGAUUCUUCCCGAUGGCCCGAGAUCUGCAUCAUUUCUGACCGCUGAAGAAAAAUGCUUCCUCUUCGCACGUAUGCAGCAUGAAAUUGGCCUGUCUGACGGCGAAGGCGACAACCACGACCAAAAGUUCGACUGGAAGUUUUUGUGGUCAGCCAUGGCGGACUGGAAAAUCUACUUGGCUGUCAUCAUUUAUUGGGGAAACAGUAUCAGCGUCUAUGGUUUCAGUUUUGCUGCGCCGACCAUCAUUCGAGAGCUUGGGUAUACCUCAGCACAAGCGCAGCUCCUGACCAUUCCGAUCUAUCUUUUUGGCGCAUGCUCUACAAUUUUCUUUGCCCGUCUGGCUGAUCGGCGUAAAACGCGCUGGGUCUUCAUUGUGAUACCUUUUUGCAUCGCCUUGGUCGGCUAUGUUGGCGGGCUUUACCCUUCGAUCAUCGGGUGCAUCUCGUGGGUUGGGAACAAUCUUGCCCCCUAUUUCAAGCGGGCUAUCGGCAUGGCACUGCUCAUGACCGUUGGCAACCUCGGUGGCGCCGUUGGUUCGAACAUAUUUGUGGAAGACCAAGCGCCUCAAUACUGGCUGGGAUACGGACUCUCUGCGGGUAUAAUCCUCGCGGCUAUUAUUUCCACUGUCAUCCUCCAAGUUUCUUUGAAGUGCAUCAAUGCAAAGCGCGCGGAGAUGUCAGAAGUGGAUGUCUGCAAUCGUUUCACGGCUGGCCCGCUUUACUACAAUUCCGACGUCGUUGCUCGGCUCGACGGCAUCGAGAUACUGCAAAGUGGAAAAGGUCGAGUCCUGGUCACUGGUGUUAAAGGCAUCAAGCCGCCACCAACGACAAAGGUAGGAAUUGCAGCGAAGGGUGGCUAUCAAGCUGAGGGUCAUUACUUCCUCGUAGGUCUUGACAUCGAAGAAAAGGCGCAUAUGGUAGAAACACAGGUGAGGCACUUGCUCUACGAGUCCAGGUUUCACUGCCUCAAGUUCCGCAUCAACGGACGUUGCCCCGAAGACCCGCGUAGCCAGGAUGCCGCUACCAUCGACCUUCGAAUUUCCGCCCAGGCGCGCAAUGAAGAGGACUUGGCCUUGGGCAACUUCUUCCGUCCAGUUUCGGAUGUCAAAAUGCAGGGCUAUCCAGGUGCCACGUUUGGUGUUGAUGCUCGCCAAGCUCAACCCAAGCCUUAUUAUGAAUAG